AUGGAAUCCAUAGAUGGCGAGCUUCAGGGUCUUCUUUCCCAGCUAGCCAAGUGGUACAUGUUGGAAGGAAACCGAGAAAAGCUAACAGACCAGAGUCUGAGGGCUUGCUCUGAUAUGCUUGGUGAUUCAGAAUUGCUUGCCUUGCAGAAAUUUAUCAAUUUCCUGUGCCGUGUGCGAACCCUCUCCCAUCAACCAACCGAUGCAUACCGACCGAGAAGCCCAGCAACACCCAUACCGCGCCAUAGUAACCCAUUCACGCCAGAAUCAUCAACACAUCAUCUAGAGAUCGAAGAUGAGGCUGCCCAGAGGCAAAGAGCUUCCCGGCAAGUCUUUUUGGCAUCUGAAAUCCAUUCAAAUCCUCAGGGUCAGCAGGAUCAGAGCCGGUACAUGGGGUACGUCGAAGAGAUUGAGGACGAUAAUGCACGGGCGUAUAACGAAUCUAAGAAAAGAGCGCCUUCGUUGGAAGCACUCCCAAACACCGCUGCCAUUAAUCGGAACCUCGAUGGAAUUAUUCAUACUGAUGCCCGGGAACUUGGCAUCGCUCCGGGCAUCUCAUCUACAUUGGACCAAAGCCAAGCGAGCUCUCUGACCACGGAUCCCAAUCCUGAAGUUGAAUCCAAUACCGAAUCGAUCGAUGGUAGUGACCGGGCAAAUAGCCUGCCUGGAGGCACGCCAGAGCCAUUGAGCCAAACGCCAACAAGUUCUCUGGCCACGGAUCCAAAUAGCCACACAGAAGAAUCCCCAGUCAGAUAUUCUUCUGAAGAAAACAUCAACUCCGCUGGCGAUGCUGGAUCUUCAAGCUUUAACAGUUUACUUGAAAGUCCUUGUGAAAGUAGAAUUCCAAGGUCGGAGGAUUCCUUCCGGGCUGGGUUUACUCAAUUCCCAGCAGCGUUUUCUGUCAACCAGCUUGCUAGUCCAGCCAUCUUGCAUUUAGACACGCCCCUGCCAAAGGGUCCAACAGCUUUGGUGUCUCUUGCACAGGUCGAUAUUUCUCGCCUGGUGCUUCAAAAGCACGAUACAGGGUACUUUGUCACCACGGAAUUGGGGUUUGGAAUUAACGCAAUGAAGGAAGAUAUCCUUCAAUCCCUCGAGGGACAGUCAUUAGGGCCUUGUGAGAUAGAAAUCCCGCACCCGCUCUAUGACGCGCUUCAAAAGUGCAGGGAAGAUCCCGAUUAUUUUCUUCGCCAGGUUGGUGUCGCCAACUCUCACAAAGACAGCGCGAAAGGGGCGGUUGCCAGGAUAUUUGAAAAGUCAUUCCAGAUCACAAGGAGAUAUCACGAUGGCGAACAUUUCAGAUUCGGCCAACUUGCGCGUCUUGUUCAAGAUAUCAAAUCCGAACUCUCGGAUGACGAUAAUCUUGAAGUUGGGAAAUUGCGGGGUGCUAUUCAACGGCUUGUGUUGGAAGGCAAGGAGCUCAGUCGCAUAAUAAGGUGCCACUUCAACAACAAUCCUGGAUAUCUUAUGGCACUCCCCGUUAGUUUAACGGCGAAUAAAUGUCGACGCUCACCGAAACCGGUAGUUGACGCAUUUGUAGGUCGAAUGCAACUACUCGGUAUUGACGCUGUAGUCCAAAUACUGGGCCUCUCAAAACUUGCAUGCCAUAUCAUGCUGAGCCUCGAGAAGGAGGAAAGCAUUGAGAUUAUGGCCCAGUCUGAAUCUGUCUCCAAAAAGCGCAAACAGGGAAAUUAUGCACAGUGGCCCUGCAAACGAUCAACCACAACUGGAGAUGAAUCACGCAAUGCCCUCCCAGAAUGCAAUGAGGCAAUGUCGAUUCAAAACCUGCUGACAAGCAACCUAGAUGACCCUCCAAUCUGCAUGUCCCUCGAGAACAAUCCAGACACUUUUGUACCUAGUUCUUAUGGCCUGUUUCUGCCAUUUGAGUUCCAGGAAUUUCCAGAUUUCUUUCCGUCACAGGUAUUUGACUGGGAGCAAUGGUUCAAUGGAAUGUCUGCAGGUACAUCGUUUGCAGAGGAGAGCCAGCAAGGAAUGACUAAUAGCAGCGGCAAAGGCUGCAGCUCUAAAUUGCUAGAGGCUCGUGAACAGAACUUCGACGAGGACGAAAGUAUCAGCACGGCUAACGCCUAA